GCAGUGGCUCGGUCGCGCCAGUGAAUGCCGUGAUGUUCAGUUGGUUCCACAUGAACAAAGGCUGAUUCAAAUGAAGAUCUCAGUGGAGGUUUGGAACAGAACGAUGCACCCAUUGUUUACUUACGGAGUCUGUUUUCCUCAAAGGUGCUCUGACCAAGAUGUCAAAGUAAUCGCUGAUAUACUCAUAAAUAAUGACAAAAAUUUGAAAGAUGACAUAAGUGUUGUAGCUGUAUAUAGCACUGACAAUGGUGAGUUUGAUUUCACUUUUGGACUGGCUUGUUUCGUUUUUGGAAUCAUCGCGUUGCUGAUUGCGGUCGGAACCGGCAUGGACUAUUUAAUCGAUUACAUGAAGGAACAGCUUGUGAAAUCGGAGAACAGUUAUCAAUCAACUGACGAUGGCGCAAUCAAUGAAGGGAAUGAAGAGAAGGAAAGCGAGAGCUCGGUUCUGCUGGAGAAAAGUGAGCGGAGACGAUCUAUGAAGGUUGAGCAUCUAGCGUGGUGUAGAUUCCUUGUAUCUUUCUCACUUGCGACAAAUAUUCCAAAACUACUUUCGACCAAGAGUGGCGAAGGUGCCAUCUUGUGUCUGAAUGGAAUCAGAGUUCUCAGUUUGGGCUGGGUCAUUUUGGGCCAUACCAUGUAUUACCUUCUCUUCACUGAACCGGCUGGUCAUCUCUACUGGAACAACUACUUCUUCUCUUUCAAUUACUUCCAAGUGUUCGGCUUUCAAGUAAUCGGCAACGCCACCCUUUCGGUCGAUUCCUUUUUCGUCCUAAGUGCCUUUCUGCUCACUUUACUCACUCUGAAGAAGAUGCAACAAUACGAGGGCAAAAUCAAACCCAUGUUUUGGGUCAUGUUUUACGUAAGAAGAUACAUCCGGCUAACACCGGCAUUGUUAUUGAUCAUUUUGUUCACAGUGGGAAUCUGGAAGGUGCUCGGAAACAACACAGUUCCUCGAUGGCAGCCGAAUUUAAACGAAGUGGAGGGAUGCGUGCAUGCUUGGUGGGCAAAUUUGCUGUACAUUAACAACUUAUACACCACUUACGAAUGUCUUCCCUGGACAUGGUACCUGGCUAAUGACUUUCAAUUCUACUGCUUGUCUCCUGUUUUGGUAGUAGCCAUGUACAAACGACCAAUGCUUGGUGUUGGGUUGACUGCAGGCCUAGUUAUGGUUUCGAUGCUUUCAAAUUUCGUUGAAAGUAUGGUCAACGAUUAUCCGGCGGCCACUUCGUUCCUGUUAAACUACGAAUCUUUUCCCGUCUACAAUUUUGAUGGAGUCUUCAAUGCUCUGUACAUUAAACCGUGGAAUAGAUUCUGCUCUUAUGGAGUCGGAAUGAUUUUGGGUUUCAUAGUAUUCAAAAGUCCAGCGAAAAUAAAGGUUGCCAACAAGCUUUAUAUCGCUCUAGGUUGGCUUGCUUACACUGUGGUUUCAAUGUCCGUUUUGUAUGGCCUCUAUGGCGUGGCCCAAGGUCAUUUUCCUUCUAAAUUCAUGUCCGCGGUGUACAAUGCAUUUGGAAGGGUCGGAUGGAGUAUCUCAGUCUCAUGGCUAAUCUGGGCCUGCAUGUAUGGCUAUGCUGGAUUCAUAAACUCUUUUCUAUCGAUGCGAUUGUGGAUCCCAUUAGCCAGAGUGACGUACAUGACGUAUCUCAUUCAUGUUCUGGUCAUUCAGUACAUAUAUCUAACAGCAGAUAGCACUUUCAACUAUACGCCCAUCACCUAUGCGGUCCAGUUUUGCUCCAACAUAGUGCUGGCUUUUGGCUUUGGAUUCAUAGCUGUUCUUAUGCUGGAAUCCCCUAUUGUGGGAAUCGAGAAAAUUCUGAUGGGCUGAUGGGAAUGUUAGGGCAGUGAAGUGAGGGGCUAUUAGAAGAAAUGGAUUUAAUAGAAAGAAAGGUAAAACAUGAAUUUUCAGCCAGACUUAGCCGCUUGACUGACAGCUUCUCUUUCUAGCUUUUGCCAAAUAAAUGUCUUUAUUUUUUUUGUGUAAAAUAAUAAUGAAUCCGUUUUGGAAUGCAUUGUUUGCCAAUAAUAUACCGUCCUUGAUUGUCA